CAGCUCUCUCCUCCGCUGCAGCGGCGCAACGCCCCAGACGGGAUGCAUGCCUUGCUCCCGGCGGCAGCAGCCCUGAUCCCCGCCAGUCUGCGCCUGGAAGAUGUCCGUGUCCGGCAUGAAGAAGCAGCUCCACAAAGCCAGCCAGCUGCUGAAUGAGAGGCUAAUGGGAGCUGAUGGGACCAAGCUGGAUGAAGAGUUUCUGAAGAUGGAGAAGGCUGUCACAGUGAUCCACGCUCUGCUGGCAGAGCUGCCGUCCAAAACCACAGCGUUCCUCCAGCCCAACCCAGCCUACAGAGCUAAACUGAGCAUGCUCACCACCAUGUCCAGGAUUCGAGGCCAGGCUAGAUCGACGGGGUACCCGCAGUCAGAGGGCAUGCUGGGGGACUGCAUGCUGCUGCACAGCCACGAGCUUGGAGCCGCCUCUGAAUUUGGUGGGGCGUUGGCUGCUGUAGGCGGGGCUUUGCGGCAGGUCGGCCAGGCCAGGGAUGUUCUGGAUGCCACGGUCAAACGCACCUUCAUCGAUCCCAUGCAGGACCUCCAUAACACUGAGCUGAGGGAGAUCAAGUACCAACUUAAGAAGGUGAACAGCCGUCGGCUGGAUUUUGACUACAAGAGAAGACAAAAAGGGAAAUUCCCAUCAGAGGAGGUGCAGCAGACAGCGGACAAGUUUUUCUUAUCCAAAGAGUUGGCAGAGAGGAGCAUGUUCAUUGUGCUGCAGAAUGACGUGGAUCAGAUCAGUCGUCUGGUAGCUCUAACUACCACACUGCUCGACUUCCACCACAACGCUCACCGCGUACUGCUGGGUCUCCAUGGAAACCUGCAGGCCAGGCUGACAGCUGCCAGUAACAAGCCGGCUCGACGGUUCCAGUCCAAAAACAUCCGAAGCAACAUCAGUAGCGGUGACAGGUUUUAUCAGCGGCCACCAGUCACAGCUACAGUCUCUUCAGGAGAGCAGCUGACUGUGUUGCAGUCCAGACCAGGCAGCCCCAUUUCCUGUUACGCUGACAGUAAGUUGGUCCUGAAUCAGCCUUGCUGCCGAGCGAUAUACUCUUUCCUCUCUGGCCACGAGACGGAGCUGAGCUUCAGCGAGGGCGACAUCAUCAUCCUCACCGGCCAGGUUGAUGCUAACUGGUUCGAGGGCUCACUGGGCAGUCGGUCUGGGCUGAUUCCCGCCACCUACGUGGAUGUGCUGGUGCCGCUGCCAGUACCGUGAUGACAUCUCAUCAGACAGACUCUGCACUAAGUCAGAUGUUGCAUCUGAUCUCUGAUAAUAUGCAAGUUUUCAGCUUUAUUUUGCACUUUUUCAUAAGCAAAACAGUCUGUAACAAAGAGAAAGAAGGCCAUAAUUUCUGCUGCUGAAGAUGCUGUCAGGAAAAUCUUUUUUUAUUGUUUCAAACACAAUCAAUGACCCCCUAACAGUAAAAAUCGCUGCGCAGAUAUUUAACAUGGUUGCUCAGUUUUACAGGCCUCCGUGUUUUUUAUCAGACGAUGAAGUUCUGGAGUCAGGAGAUGUCCCAAGUAACUCAGGGUUUAGUGUACAGACAGGGUAUUAAGACUGACAGGCUCUGGACAAACGCGGUUGAUUGUAGAGGGGUUCUUCAUUAAACCAUCACCUGGUGUAAAGAGCUUUGGAUGUUUACUCGAAGAUGCUCUGCAUUAAAUACAAUCCAAGUGUGAAAGACAGAACAAGGAGGUGAGGCCUCCAGAGUGAGAAGAUGUUUGAUCAGGAUCCUGCAGCUAAGCUUUUCACUAGAGGCUUUCACAUCACACCCACAUAGUACGUGUUCUUGUUUUGUUUUUUUUUUGUCUGUGAUGUGGUCCCUAAAGCAGUGAGGGGGUGAUAAGAUACAUCUGUUGUAUAGUGAAUAGCAAAUAUUAAUUAUCAGGUGACCAUCCUGUUGAAAAGGGGAGCCAGUGGGAUUGAUGCAAAGAUCCAAUAUCCAGUGGGACUGGUGCAAAGGUCUAAAAUCUGCAAUUGUUUUGUUACAGCAUUAUUUUUCUGGCAAACAAACUGUUAACAAACUGUUACUUUGCCAGCAGAACCUCACCAGUGAGCAGUCCGAGGCACAUGAGCUAACAGGCAGCUCUCUGUGGACCGCGUCUGACAAAAUAAUCCCACGAAUGCUCAUAGCAAGUAAAGGAAAUUAUGUAGAGGCUGCUCCAAAGCAGUUUAUGAUUUCUGGUUAGUUUAUCUGCUCAUUUAAAGGAUGUAUUUAAAGGAGCAUCCUGUUUCAUUUAGACUUUUUCUUACCGUCAUAAAAAAAAUAAAAAACACCAAACAUGAAUGUAGAUACAGACAGUUCAUUUUUGAGUGAACAGAUGAACUCCGAAUGAGCGGAAUCAAAGUCAUAAGUGGAUCUGUAUUAUCUAAAAGAAGGAAACAAUCAGACGGCCUUGACUCCCUUUGAGGGAGUACCUCCUAAAAUGUCCAGAACUCCUUGGUAUAUCUCAAUGAGACAGGAGUUGAUGGAUGGAAAAGUCAAAUGCUGCAGGUAAAUUAUGACAUCUGCUAAGUGGUUCAGUUUUCCUUUCAUUACAAUUAGAUAUAGUUCCAUU